AUGCGCGCCCCAACCGCCCUCUCAGCCCUCCGCCGGCCCGGUCCCGGUCUCGGUCCCCUCUCCCGCCGCGCCUUCGGCACCACCGCGGCGCGCCGUAACAACAACGGCGCGGCGGCGGUGAACCCGCGAUGGCUCUCCGAGCUGCAGGCGCGCAUCGGGCGGUGCGCCGCCCUCGAUCUCGGGCCGGAGCAGAGGCGGGAGCUGGAGGCGGUGCGGGAGACGGUCGACGGGGCGUGGUUGGAGCUGGUGGCCGGGCGGGAGGGGUUCCUCACGGGGCCCGGUUGGAGGGGGUUGGAUCGGCACACGGUGACGUGGGGGGAUCAGGAUGCGAUGUACGCCGAGUCGGCGCGGGUGAACUGGCUGCGCAACUUCGCGACGGCGGUGGACCCGGCGCACGCGGACGAGUGGAACGAGCUGAUGACCCCGCGGGGCAUCGGGUUGAUCAUGAGGAGCAUCAGGACGGAUUACAAGUUCCCCAUGGCCUACCCGGACAACGUCACGGUGCUCCACAAACUCGCCUCCAAACCGACCUACGAAUCCGACCACAUCCUCCUCGAGGCCCUGCUCGUCUCGGACCGCCAUCGCCGGCCCGCGGCGCGCUGCUUCGAGGACAUCGUCGUCUACGACUACAAGACGGCCCGGCGCGCGCCGCUGAAGCCGUUCAUGGUCGACCGGCUGCGCGAGACGUACGAGGCGCAGGAGAGGGGGAGGGAGGACUGCGAGGAGAGGGUGAGGGGGCUUGUUGGGGUCGUGGAGAGGAUUGAGAGGGCUGCUUGA